GAGACUGCCAUCACUAUUUUCGACCGUCGAUGACUUCAACGCAGUGGUCAUACCAAUUAGAAUUGUUGUCACGGGUUACUUUCAACCACUGCUCUCAAACGAUUUUCGUAUGCGAUUCUUUAAAUCCGAAUGACGCGUAUCACGUCUUUGCAUAUGAAAUCGUUGAUCAUAAAAACAGGGUGGUCGUGAGUUGUUAAAGCACCGUCGACGGCUCAAGCCAGACGGUUCGCUAAUGUCGAUUUUCUGUUAAAUAUUUUUCGAAAGGUUCCCACACACACUAACAGUGCCGGCCGAUUAAUCGCGUUUCCGCAGAGAUUUGGGAGAAAAUUAUGUAGCUACAAUGGUUGCGACCACAACGACUGAUAUGACUGGUUCUAUAUAUCAUGAACGACAAGUGAAGGAGCUUUGUGCUUUACACGCAUUAAACAACUUGUUUCAAGAACGUGGAUUUAGCAAGCAAGAAUUAGACCAAAUUUGUUAUAGCUUAAGUCCUGAUGUUUGGAUUAAUCCUCAUAAAUCAUUACUAGGAAUUGGAAAUUAUGAUAUUAAUGUUAUUAUGGCAGCUCUUCAAAAGAGAGGGCGUGAAGCUGUAUGGUUCGACAAACGUAGAGACCCCAAGUGUCUUUGCUUAGACAACAUUGAGGGAUUUAUACUUAAUGUCCCAACUGAAUAUAAAUUAGGUUUUGUGCUACUCCCACUAAAACGACGUCACUGGAUUGCUCUGAAAAAGAUUCACGGUGCCUUUUAUAAUCUUGAUUCAAAACUGGACUCACCACAAUUAAUAGGAAAGGACAACGAUUUACUUAUAUAUCUAAAGGACCAGAUAGAUAGCAAGGAAAAGGAGCUAUUCCUUGUUGUCUCUAGAGAGAUUGACAACAACCAAGGAUGGUUAAUAGAUACAAGUGAAAAUAAAGAUGACAAUAACACAGAUCAUGAUUCAAUUAGAUAUAUUGAGGAUGGAUAUCCUGAUAUAGAUUUGAAAAAGUCAGAAUCCAAAGAAAUGAAUGAGAAUGAGGAAUUUCUAGAUAAUAAAAAUUCUAGAUAAUUGGGGCCAUCUCAUAUAUGCAUGCUCCACUUAAUUGUUUAUUUAUUUAUUGCCUUGUUGCAAAUUUGAAAGAAGGCAAUCAUGCUUAACAUAGGAGAAGACCCAGAGUCAUAAAAAUAAAAAAAAUGAAAGAGAUAAUGGAAAUUGCACACAAUAAGUGUUUAACCGAGUAUUUCACUACAAGAAAGAAUAUUCUACAAGAGUAUUUCCUCUCAUAUCUACGUGUUGACACAAACAAGACAUUUUUUUCAUUAUAAUAUGUAUCUUCUCUUUUGCAAGAGAAGGAAGCCACUCGUAACAUGGCACAUACCACACUGUAUACAUUACAUAUAGUGUACAACACAUUGUGGAUUACAAUGCAAUUUAAGAAGUAGCAUAUAUAAAAGAAUGUAACGUUGUAUUUAUUCAAAAUGAUCGCUUUAUUAAAAUCAACGUAUAUAAGAGAAUAAUUUGUAUUUAAGAAACGGCAGCUACUCACGUGAGAGUAUUUACGUCGCGAGAAAAAUGUACAUGUACGUGAUAUUAUUUAUUGUGAUAAUCAUAUUUGUCAUUUUAAACGGCUUGUGUAAAUAAACAAACACUUGUAAAACACAAAAUUAUUAUGAUACACCUUAGGUGCUAUUAAUUCGCUCACGCAAUGAAAACGCUUGUAAUUUAUUUCAUAUAUGUAAUUUAUCUUGUAUAUGUAUAAAAUUAUAUUUAUAUAAGUAUUA